AUGUACUCGGCGUCAAAAAAAGCAUCGCUCGAACAUCGACUUCGAGGCAAUGAGGCUAUGAGUAAUGGUGAUUUUAAAACCGCGCUUGAGGAAUACAAUAAGGGAAUUCCGCUUAACCCUGAUGACGGAAUUUUAUGGAGUAAUCGAUCAUUGGCGUAUCUCAAACUCGGGCAUCCAGAACUUGCUUUAGUAGAUACAAAUCGCGCAAGCAUAAUUCUGAUUGAUCCGGUCUUAGGUUUAAGAAAACUUGAACUUGUUCAAAAAGAUGAAUCUAUUUCACCAAUUAAUAAGCUCAAGCAAGUUGGUUUUAAAAACUUACUUCGUAAUGCCCAAGCGUAUUCCGAUCUCGAACUUUUUAUUGAUGCCAUUAAAAGCUGUCAAGAGUUAAUGAAACUAAAAAAUUCCUUCACUGCAAAAAAUGUACCUUUCAAUUGGAUUGAAGUGGAAAGAUUACUUCAACAUUGUCAAAAGAGAUAUAAUGAAUACGUAUCUGAAGGAGAUUUUAAAGAUUUUGUUCAACAUUAUGGAAUUUCUUCAUUCAAAGGCGAAUAUCCUUGGCAAUCAAGAAAAACAGAUCGUUUUUCUGAAGAGAAUUUUCGAUACUUAAAGGAUAGAAUCUCAGAGAUUUCAGCUUCAAAAGUCAAAUUGGUCAAGGUAAACUUGGGACAAAGCUCUGUUUCUGAUACCAUUGAAAUACAAUAUGGCAUAGAAGCUCAAGAAAAAAUUUCAUCGCACGAGCUUAUAUUCAAGGAAACACCGUUUAUCACUGUUUAUAGCAGAAUAGUAGAGCGUUGUGACAAUUGUAGCACGAAAAUCACCACACAAAGCAAAUUUAAAUGCCCAAAUUCAAGUUGCAAAGAAGUGUAUUGCAAUAUUCGUUGUUACCAACAAGCGCUUGAGCUAUUUCAUAACCAACUUUGUGGAAAAGAUAUAACUGGUAUUUUAACUGUUGUUCAAAAGGGAAAAUCAACCGCAUCACUCAACAAUCUAUUUCUCAUCAAACUCUUCGCUAUUGCAAAACAACGCGAUAUCUCUCCAUUGGACAUCAAAGAGAUCAGACAUAUGACUAGCAGCCAACAGACGAAGCAUCGAUUUCCUAAAAUAUCUGUGCAUCUUUACGAAGAUGUGAUGAGAAUUUUAGAAAUUCCAAUAGGCGAUCUUCGAUUCGAUUUCUGGGUAUUCAAUUGCUGUCUCUUUAUGCUGUCAAUGAAUGUAUUUGGUGAAAGAAAUGGAGCCAUACCGGACAAAGCAUAUUUAUUUUCUUUAUUAGCUCUUAUCAAUCAUCAAUGUGAUCCCAAUGCUAGCACGAUCGGCGAGAUCGGUAAUCAAUUAAUUUCUGAAAAAGUUAUUCAAAAAGGAGAAGCAAUUACCAUAAAUUAUGAUCCGAGGAUAAGUAGCAGAGAACGGGCUGCUUCUUUGUAUUAUUUCUUUGGAAUAAAUUGCAAAUGCCCAAAAUGUCGCACUUUUUCGGGUUCUUUUAGUAAGAUAGCCUAG